AUGAUAGUUAUUACAAAAAAAAGGUUUAUUUUUGUUCUAAAUACUUGUUCAGUAACACCGGUUUUUUAUAUUAAAUAACUGCUCAAAUCUGUAUUUGAUUAACAUUAGUUAUUUUCUAUCACAUCACAGGCUACCUCAGCUAUCUCCACCAUCUAGGAAAGGAUUAAUUUAUUGUUUCUUCUAACUCCACUUCCUCACUAUCACUACCAAAGAUGGCACCAGUUGAAUUCUUAUUUCUUCAUGGAGGUUGGAGUGCGGAUCAUAGGGGUGGUGCUCCGCUUGCUGAACCUGCUCACCUCUAUCAUCACAGCCCCAUACUUCUGGCUGUACGGGAGGCAGCUAGCGCGACCGUGCCCCGGUGAUGACAACCCUAUUCUCAUGUACAGUGCCGUUGAACUGGCGCGGAAGAUUCGGAAUGGAGAGCUACGGAGCAAAGACGUGGUCUCGACCUACAUAGCCCGAGUGAACACAGUUAACAAGUACCUCAAUGCUGUGGUAGAAGAGCGGUACAGCGCGGCGUUGAAAGAGGCUGAUGCGGCGGACCGACUGCUGGACGAGGCCAGGGCUUCUGGGGACUGGGCGAGGGUCGAGGGGAAGCCGCUGUUGGGCGUACCGUUCACGGUUAAGGAGAGCUGCUCGCUGGCUGGCAUGUCUAACGCAGUAGGCUGCCUCGAAUUCGCCGGCCGCCGCGCCUCCACGGACGGCGGGGCGGUCCGCAACGUGAGACUAUCAGGCGCCAUCCCGCUACUAGUGUCCAACACCCCCGAGCUGUGUCUGGGGUGGGAGACGACUAACUUACUGCAUGGGACCACGAAUAAUCCGUACAGCUUGGAUAGGACGCCUGGCGGAUCUUCGGGUGGCGAGGCAGCCCUAAUAGCGAGUGGGGCGUCUCCUUUCGGAGUAGCGUCAGACAUCGCGGGCUCCAUACGCAUACCGGCCGCCUUCUGCGGGGUCUUCGGACAUAAACCUACACCGGGUAUAAUCCCGAUAGACGGUCACAUCCCGUCUCUGACUGACCCCAACUACCCUCGCUUCCUCACCGUGGGUCCGAUAGCGCGCCGCGCCGACGACCUCAUAGCACUCACUAAGAUCAUGGCCGGAGAGAACGCACACAAACUGCAGUUGGAUAAACCUGUGGACUUUAGUAAACUUAAGGUUUUUUACAUGACUGAAUCAGCAAAAUCAAUAGCUUUAACGGACACAGACCCUAGUAUAAAAGAUUUUAUAAUCGACGCUGCCAACUACCUAGAAAAAGAAUGCGGUGCUACUAUAAGUGAUAAAAAGUUUACAGCUAUGGAGGAUUCCGUUGAAAUAUCAAUAUCAUUAUUCUUUGCCAUGAAAGAUAUUCCUAACUUAUUAGCUGACCCAGCAAAUCCAAAAAAAGACCGCAGCGGUCUCCUCGAGCUACUGAAGCUGCUGCUCGGCGGCGGCUCGCGCUCGCUACAGGCACUCGGCUUCGCUCUCAUCAAGAGCACGCAGCUCUACAUACCGACAUCGCGGCGCCCGCACUACCACGAGCUCGCCACACUACUGCGAGAGGAGAUCAUUCAAACCCUGGGCUCGGACGGCGUAUUCCUCUACCCAGUGUUCUCAGCCCCGGCUCACCGCCACGGCGGCGUGUUCGCGAGAGCCGCCGGCGUCAUGUAUACCAUGCUGUUGAACGUGCUGGGGUUGCCGGCCGUGGCUGUUCCACGCCGGAGUGGGGUUUUGCCCACAGCCAUACAGGUGGUCGCCGCGCCGAACCAAGACCGCCUAUGUUUAGCUGUCGCGAAGAAAUUAGAAGAAGCUUUCGGCGGAUGGCAACCAGUGCCGAAUGACCCGUGAAUUGAUUCAUUUAUGAUUAGAUAUAGCCUUAAGAAUAUCUAAGGUUUUAUGGGAUAGACUUUGAAGAGGGUAUAGUAGGUACUAGGUACCUAACGUUACUGAUAUUAUUUGUAUGUAACUUUCCUAUGUACUCUAUGACGUAAAAAAAUCAUCUGUUACUGAUUGGUCAAGAGGGUAUAAAUUAUUUUUAUGAGUAAAUUCAAAUCCUUUCCUAACCCUUAUUAUAUCAUAACAUGUCAUAAAGUAAAAAAACAUGAAUAAUUAGUUGGUAUUACCGACUUCAUUAUUGAAAUCAAUGUGUUUGGCAUUGUAUGGAUUAUAUAUUACUUAUUUAUAACUAAUGUUAUACUGUGAUGAAGCAUUAAAACAUAACUGGGGAUGAAAUGUGCAAUAUUAGGUAAAUUCGGUAUUUUAAUAUCGUAAGAAUAUAUAUAUACUUAAUUAUGUAUUUGGUAAAACUACAGAUUAUGUAUAAAUAAAAUAAGCUGACUUUAUGUAUUUUUGUAGAUCUACUUUUUUAUUUUACAUUGAUGAAAUGAGACUUUUUACCGCUACAGAAACUUUAAAAUAAAACUAAUUCAAAUAUAUUAUUUGGACAACUAUAAAGUAUUGUGUGUAAAGAACUAAUUAAUAAUAUUUAUGUACUUAUUAGUGUAACUCAAACCACUGGUAUUGCGUGGAAUAUUUUUUUGAUCAAAACUACUAUUUAUAAAUCCUGACAUAAUUAAUUGAAUGUUGUUUGUGCAAGGCAUAUUUUGUAAGGUCGUGUGUUACGAAUAUUGCUACACGCAAUUUAAGAAUGUUAUGCAAAUUAAGUAAGUAUAAAUAAAUGUAUUCUGGGAAACUUUCUCAAUUCUAUACUAUU